CUUUUUCAGACUACCUGAAGUUUUGGAUAACCUCAAUCAAGACUUUUGGAGGCACUAAGGCACCCAUGUUCAUUAUUGUCACACACACAGAAAGAACAUCUACAGAAGAAAUAGAGAAUUACUUUGAAGACUUCUGGAAUGCUGUACCAGACGAGGACAGAGAUUGGUUAAGUGAGUCUCUGAAUGAUCGGGAAUAUGCAGUAGGUCUAGUUGAACUAAAUGAUGAAACAAAGACAAAGCUGGAUUCAAUUAAAAAGUCCAUAGUUGAACUUUUUACAGAAGAGACCAAUACAAAAAUUGAAAUACCUUCAUCAUGGGCUUUAAUGGAACAGUUAUUAUAUGAAGGAGGGUGGAAAGCUUUGUCCCUUGAUGAAAUUAGGAGGCUCAACUCAUCCCUCCCUGACGAAUACCAAAUUAAAAGUGAUGAGGAAAUGUCUAGGUUUCUGAAGUGUUUCCAUGACAAUGGCAUUCUUUUGUAUUUUCAAGAUGAGAAAUUGAGGGAACAUGCAGUACUAGACAUUCAGUGGUUUGCUAAAGCUUUCAGUAAGAUUAUUGCUGAUAAAAACCACAUCAACAAAGACUGCAAAACAAGAUUAAUCAAAGAAUGGAAAUCCUUUAACAAAACAGGGGAACUUAAAGAUAAAGUGGUAAAUGCGCUAUGGAAAGAUGAACCCUUAUAUUUGACACACAAAAGUGAAAUUAUGUCUUACAUGGAGAAGCUUCAAAUGCUGGUACCUUUGGAGUCCUCUGGGGCUGUAUCAGAAGGUGACAUGUCAUGGUAUGUUCCGUGCAUGAACAAAAAGCAGUUUAAAGCUUACUUUAGUGAAGAUAAAUGGGAAUGCUCCUCCAUUUUGUGCUAUCGGUUCACAUCUUUUGCCAUGUUUGUGUUCUACAGACUGGUAGCAUAUUGCAUGGGGUUUCUAAGAUGGAAUGUUUCAAAUGAUGGAGAUCAUGAAGGAAGUUUAUGUCUUUAUCAAACAGCAGUAGUGUUUGAUCACAAUGAACACACUGUUGUUGUUGGCAUAUGUAAUGAUGAAAUUCAAAUGCAAGUGCUGCAAAUCAAACCAUUGGCUAUAAAUAAAAAAGUAUCAAUUGAAAUCGGAGGUUUCCUUGAAAAUGCCAUAGAAGAAUUGACAGAAACUUUUAUUGGCACAAACAUUUUCCAUAAAGGAUUCAAAUGCCAAAACAACAUUUGUAAUGAGAAUGAUCUAUCUUUCACUCUUGAAAGCGAGCUCUCCAAAAUCAAAUCUGAAGAAAUGCAGUGCAAGUGUCAACUUCUGGAAAGACAUGUGAUAAAUGUUCAAAGGACUCUGGGUUUCUGGGAAAAGGUAAUUACAUUUGUAUAAUAUAUCAUUACAAACCCGGUCCCAGCAAAAAAGUCGAAUUGGUUGAAUAAUGUCAACGUGUACGUGCCAGUGUACGUGCCAAUUUUUUUCUGCACAAUUAAAUAUACAGAACUACAUGUGACAAAAAUAUAUAGAUAUCCAAAUCGAUAUCACUUCUGAACUGAAAAUAACACCAUGAUUUGAUUACAU